AUGGAGGCAAACCACCACUUGCACACAUUUUGUCUUCAGUGUUGGUUUUGGUUGGUUCAGACCACCUUUCCACACUUUGACUCACAGCACCACAUCUGGGAUUUAAUCAAGACAGUGCCCCAGCCAGAGGAGAGCUUAGAAACAAUCUACAUGUGGGUGGAGGACUGGGACAAGACUUGGGCCAGCAUUCACUCAUUGUGGAAUGAAGAAAGCAUGAUGCACAAGAACCUUCUAAUCCAAGGAGCCAUUGCCAUUGCUGAUCUUCAUCAUCCAGUAGAACAGAGGUGCAUCCAGAUCAACAACAUCUUCAAAGACUACCAGGAGAGGGUGGAGCUAAGGCACAACUUGAGGCUGAGAGGUUGGGAAGAGAACCUCCAAUGUGUAUGCAUGGACAGGCAGCAAGGGGCAGUCAUUGAGGGGGGUCAAGAAACAGAUAGGUGGAGCAAGCAAGGGAAGGGCAAGGAAAAGGCCACAGAAGAGGUCAAUGAACUUGAGGACAAUGAGGACAAAUGCCCACCUAACCCUGACCCAUCAAAAACUGGCACCCCAGCACCUGAAGUCAACCUUCCAUGUGGGGGGCAGGCCAAGCAGAAGUGCAGCCAGGCACUCAAGGUAGGGAGAAAGCACAAGAAUGCAGGCAGCAGUGAGAUGGUGGCUGGGCCAUCGCACAAAUGGACCAAUCGAAAUUCUGCACCAGCUCCUGACUGCCCUUCUCCACCUCCUGUCAACUCUCCUUCAAAUUCAAACAUGCCUCCUCCCCCCACUUCACAACUGCCCCUCUUCCUUCCAUCCAUGAUUCCAGCACCUCGACAUUGUGCUGAGCCAACACCCCCUCCUAUGGAUGAACCUGAGGACUUCAGCAGCAGUGGGAUCUUUGUUAACCCAAUUGGCCUACUGGAUGACACUCCUGCACCCAAUGUCAGUACACAGGAUGAACUUGAAGUCCCACCAGUCAUUAACCUGAGCAAAUUGACUACAUGCAAGGCUCUAGCUGAGUGCAUUUGCCUUCUGGAGAACAGGGUGGAUGACAAAGAGUUUGAGCUGACCCAGAUCCAUCAGAUGCUGGGGCUGUUGGCUACACAAGUAGAGUGGAAGAUCAGUGCAGUCCAGGGGUGA